GUCGGUUACGUUCGCUCUAGAUGACAAGUUACAAGGCGUUUCAUUCUCAGUUGACGUCCAUCAUGGAGGCACUGACCAAAGCGGCCGUGGCGGAGAUCUGCGAACUGGUGGAGGACAGCUACGCCGUGUUGCAGCUGGAGAUCACCCGGAGCCACAAGGAGAACGAGACGCUAAGGAGGAAGCUGGAGCUCAUCGAGACCAUCAUCGCCCGGGGGCACCGGGGUAACGGCGCUAUGUUGGAUUACGGCGAGCCGGAGGAGGAGGAGGCCGGCGGGGGGCUGAUGGAUUUCGAACGUGCCUUUUCAACUGGGGUGGGCGCCAAACAGCCAAAAGCAAAUGUGAAAAGAAGAGUCCUUGCUGUGGAGGUGGCGACAGAGAUGAGCCCUGCGCCCAAACAGGACACCGUGUCAGCAGCUGCAGAGGAGCCAAACGAUGAGGACGUGGUUUUGAUAAAGGAGGAAGCAGCAAAAGAGGAGGUGAGCGACGAUGCCACCGAUGAGCUGCUUCUCAACGUCGAAGGGAUGGAGGUGCCGCCAUCAGCAGCAGAUGACAGUAAAGGAUCCUCUGCCAUGAUGAGGUCCAGCUCAGUGGCCGACGUGAGGCCGUGGGAUCCCAGCAGUAACGGACUGUCAGAGCCAGCUGAGCACCAAGAAUCCCACAAUCCGCCAGGGUCCCCAGGCCCUGCAGGGUCCGCUGAGAGCAGCUCAGAUGUGGUGUUUGAUUUGGCCUCUGAGUCAGACUGUGAUGCUCCGACGAGGACGUCGCUCCUCCUCGGGCCUGGAGGGAGUCCAGGCUCGCUACCGGGGACCUCUGAGCAGAAGCAGGGCACAUCUCUGAUCAGUUCCCUCCCCUACGACACAGAGCUGGAUCUGUGCUCCUCGUGGACCAGUCAGGGCCUGCCGAGCAUGGUUUCUGUGCCUCAUCGGUCGUACCUCAAACCAGACCGCCGGCCGGCGCUCUUAGACAAAGUGCCCGACUUGAAUGCAGCAGGUUUCCCCUUGGGGUUGGGCCUCGGUGGCCCCAGACUGGACUCACUGGACCUGAACAGGUACUGCAGAGAUAGGCGAUUUGUCUGCAGCUACUGCGGCAAAUGCUUCACGUCGUCACGGAGCCUGGAGACUCAUGUGCGCGUUCACACCGGUGAACGGCCGUACAGCUGUGCUCAGUGUGGGAAGCGCUUUACGCAGUCAGGACACCUGAAGACGCACCAGAGCGUCCACACUGGAGAGCGGCCAUUCGCCUGCGAGCACUGCGGGAAGAGGUUCGCUGGGAAGCAGAACCUGAGGAUCCACCAGCAGAAACACCACCUGGCAGAACAAGGAGCUGCUGCUCCUCCUGGUCCCCCCUGUGACCCGUCAGGACGAGUCAGAGCCCGGCUCUGUUUCCUGUCCAGCGGCGGUAUGGCCGUCUUAACCAGCAAGGCGAUCCACGAGCAGCUGUCAGUCAUCAUGGGCGCGCUGACCAAAGCGGCGGUGGCGGAGAUCUGUGAGGUGGUGAACGAAGGCUACGCGGUGCUGCAGAUGGAGAUCACCCGGAGUCACAAGGAGAACGAGGACCUGAAGAAGAAACUGCACCUCAUCGAGUCCAUCGUGGUUCGGGGGAGCAGCGGGGAGAGAGCGACGGUGGAACUAGACGUCCCACCGGCCGCGGAAGGAUAUCACAUUUGGUCUGUUAUUAUUCUUCCUGUGCAGCUUCCAGAGGUGGUGCUGAUCAAAGAUGAAGACUCAGACAGUAACGACACCUUCAACGAGGAUAACAGCCCUGGUGACGGAGGGCCGGCUGCAGCCAGAGGGGCCAUCACGUCGACUCCCAUCAGCCGAAGGACAAAGAGACACCGGCCAGUGAAUGAAGAGGCUGAGAAGUCUUCAUCCUGCGAACAGCACACACUGAAAACAUCCAAACUGGCUGCAGGUACACAGAAGAACAUGUCUGUCUACAGCCUUGACUCUCCUCACAGCGAGCAGGGCUGCCCCGGACAGCUCGCCGGUGACGAGGUGGAAGCCGGCGAGUCGGCGUGUUCCUACUCGUUACAGAUGGCCCCGGACAUCCACCUGGUCCAGGAGUGCUCGCUGGUUCCUCCCAGCACCAACAGACAGACUUAUUUCCGUAACAGUGCCCUGAUCGAGUCUCGGUCUCCUUCGAACAGAACAGAAAUGGACCUCAGUCUCACAUGGACCAAACAGCCAAAAGGUCAGAUGUCUUUUGCUCAGUUUCACCAAAAUGAAAACCUGGACGCCGCCGCCUUUGGGCUCAAGCUGGUCAGCGUCUCAGGCUCAACCUCCACAGACUGCCAGCUGUCUGAGAGCAGCAACUCGGCGUUUGAGUACGAGGAUGCCGACAUGAUGAACUUUGCCCUCUACAGGGACCAGUCGGGUCGGCCUCAGCUUGGCCACGAGCAGCCGGAUGCCGGCAUCCGAGGGAAACGCUUCAUAUGCUCCAUUUGCAGCAAGUCAUACGCCACGUCUCAGAACCUGGACGUUCACAUGCGGAUCCACACAGGCGAGCGGCCAUUCAGCUGCAGCCAGUGCGGCAAGAAGUUCACUCAGUCGGCACACCUGAAGUCGCACCUGAGUGUGCACUCGGGAGAGCGGCCUUACGCCUGCACGCUCUGCUCCCGGAGCUUCAUCGUCAAAUACAGCCUCAAGUUGCACAUGAAGAAGUGUCACCCAAAUGUCUGAGUGAAGGGCCACGUGGCACCAGUGUUGUGUUCUGUACAUUUUAAAAAGAACAAAGGGUGCUUAAAGUUCACAAGUUAAGAGUUUGGCAAAGGCAAAGAAGGCGGGUUUAGACUCCAAGGGUUUAAAAUAAGUGUUUUCCCCACGUUUUAGACCUAAAUUAAGACUAUUAAUCACUAAGAUUUUUUUUAUUAACUGACAACUAUCUAGACAACCAGUUCAUCAUUCAAGGCAUUUUUCAAACAUUCUGAAAUGUGUUAAAUAGUUAUGUUUCUUUCUCUAAAGUGAAUCUUCUGACUUUUUGCUUUAUUGACUAAACAACUAAUAAAUAAAACAGCUGGCAGAUUAUUGUAUUAGGAGAUGCCUGAUUGUGGAAUGAAACCUGUUUUUAAUGAGCUUGGUGUGUACACAUGAGAAACCAGUUCACGGUUGUGUAAAAUGUUAAGAUACAGCAGAAAUGACAUGCAGUUUAUCAUUCUUAAUAAAGGCUCUGGAUUUCUAAUGUAUUAGUUACUGACUUUGUCAGCAUAGGUGUGAGUUUGUUGAAGGUCCACUCAGGACAAACUAAAAGGUAUUUAAAUGCACAGCUGAAGAGAACAUGACCAAUAUUGUGGUUACUUGAUGAAGU